AUGGGCUCCAGAAACUCAAAAUCUGAGGAUUCGCAUGAAGCAAAACUGGCAGAGGAUGGAAAAGAGAAAUACGCCGGUGUGAAUAACUUCACCGGUGUACUAUACAAAAUAUCAUCAUCUGGGAAUGUGUCGAUAAAUGCAAAUGGAUCAACGGUGUCUUCGAUGCAGGAAAAGUCUAAAAGAACAUCUCCAUACAACAUGGAGCGUGAAAAGGAACGGAAGAGACAGCAGAUGACAAGAAAACGGAACAUGAGACAACGUGAAAUCGUGAGCCAAAACGAUGCAGCUGCAAACGAUUCGAUUCAAGGACCUCCACUCUACACAAGUACACAAAGGGACGACAACAACGGACAGCAUGCCAUCGAAGGACCAAAUGACGACCAGAUUCAAGAAAGAGAGCUCUCGUACGCCGACGACCACUCUCAAGAGCGUCCCAGAGACGAACAAUCUUCUCGGAACACAAGUGUCAUCAUGAAUCGAAGAGAUAGCACGGAUGAUCUAUCUGACUCGAGUACUCCAGACUCGGACCAAGGAAUCAGAAAUCAAUGCUCAUUUCCGGAAAAAUGGAUUCAUAAAACCGAUCGGAAUUCGAAAGAAGAAGCUGGCCGGCAGAUGGAACUAUGCGAAUCUCAUAGAAAGGAGCGACUGACUCCGGACAUGGUGCAUUUGCACACAACUUCAGGAGAAUCAGCUGUCUUCUCUUAUCGAAACUUUCGUGAUCUGGCAGGAGAACCUUACCCCGUGGAGUUCGAAUCAGAGGGGUGGCCAAAAAUGCGUUGUUACCACGUUGUGUCAAUUGGAUCGCCCAAGGUUCGAACUCACACGUGGCUUCUACUCCAAGACGUGAAUUGUCCAGAUAUAAGAUAUUUGACUAAAGUCAACGUACAAAAUUGGAGAAGAUUUCUUACUGUAGACGACGAGGACAACGAUGGGAAAUUAAGUAAUAACAUCUCGUGUUGA